AUGUCUAGAAUGAUGAGAGCUCUUUUCUUUCUGUUCCUGCUCCUGUGUUGCUACACUAGCACUGGGAGCUGUGGGAAGGUGCUGGUGUGGCAAAUGGAAUUCAGCCACUGGAUGAAUACAAAGGUAAUACUGGUUGAACUUGUACAAAGGGGACAUGAAGUGACAGUUCUCAGACCUUUGUCUUCUGUUUUUAUUGAUCACAAUAAUCCAUCUGGUAUAAAAUUUGAAACUUUUCCUUCAUCAGUAACUCCUGAAGAAAAUAAGAAAUUUUUCAGGCAAUGGAUUGAUAACUGGAUCUAUAAUGUUCCAAAGGAUACAUACUGGAAAUACUUUCCCCUGCUACAGGACAUCUACAGGGACUUUUCUAAUCUUUGUGAAAGGAACUGUAAAGAUGCAGUUUUGAACAAGAAACUUUUGACAAAAUUACAAGAAUCAAAGUUUGAUGUCAUUCUUGCUGACGCCCACUUUCCCUGUAGUGAGCUCCUGGCUGAGCUACUGAAAAUUCCAUUUGUGUACAGUCUCCGCUUCAACCCUGGAUACACAUAUGAAAAGUACAGUGGGGGCCUUCUAUUUCCUCCUUCUUAUGUACCUAUAGUUAUGUCGGGAUUAAGUGGUCAGAUGACUUUCAUGGAGAGAGUACAAAACAUGAUCUGCACUCUAUACUUUGACUUCUGGUUUCAGACAUUUAAUGAAAAGAAAUGGGAUCAAUUUUACAGCGAAGUUUUAGGUAAACCCACAACAUUAUAUAAGGAAAUAUCAAAAGCAGAAAUGUGGCUCAUUAGAUCCUACUGGGAUUUGGAAUUUCCUCGACCAACCUUGCCAAAUACGGAUUUCGUUGGUGGACUUCACUGCAAACCUGCUAAACCUUUGCCUGAGGAAAUGGAAGACUUUGUGCAGAGCUCUGGAGAGCAUGGUAUUGUGGUGUUUUCUCUCGGCUCCAUGGUCUACAACAUGACAGAAGAAAGGACCAAUGUGAUUGCUUCAGCUCUUGCACAGUUUCCACAAAAGGUUAUUUGGAGAUUUAAUAGCAAGAAACCAGAUAACUUAUCACCCAAUAUUCGACUCUAUGAGUGGAUUCCCCAAAAUGAUCUUCUUGGUCAUCCUAAAACCAAAGCUUUUGUAACUCAUGGAGGAGCCAACGGUAUUUAUGAUGCCAUCAACCAUGCAGUCCCCAUGGUGGGGAUUCCACUGUUUGCAGAACAACAUGAUAACAUAGCUCACAUGAAAGCCAAAGGAGCAGCUGUUGUGUUGGAUUUCACAACAAUGUCCACCACAGAUUUGGUCAAUGCACUGAGCACCAUCAUUAACAACCCUUCCUAUAAAGAGAAUGUCAUGAGGUUAUCUACCAUUCACCAUGAUCAGCCUAUGAAGCCCCUGGACCGAGCAGUCUUCUGGAUUGAGUAUGUUAUGCGUCACAAAGGGGCGAAGCACCUGCGGCCACUGGCCCAAAACCUCACCUGGUAUCAGUACCACUCUUUGGAUGUGAUUGGUUUCCUACUGGCCUGUGUGUUGACCAUUGUUAUACUUGUUGUAAAAUGUUUUCUGCUUUGUUAUCAAAAGUUUUCAGAGAUAGGAAAGAAAAAGAAAGACUAG